AACCGGUGCCCGCCUCAUUCUCUUGGCACGUGGGAGGGUGCUGGAUGGAAUUACGGUGAAUGGAACAGAAGCCCAACACGCUGGACUGUGGGGUGGACCCAGAGGAGAACAGGUCGCCGGAUGGGAAACGGAAACGAAAGAGCAGCCAAUGUUCCCUGAAGAGCAGCAUGUCAGGGUACAUCCCUAGUUACCUGGACAAAGAUGAACAGUGUGUUGUGUGCGGGGACAAAGCCACCGGUUAUCAUUACCGCUGCAUCACCUGCGAGGGCUGCAAGGGCUUUUUCCGCCGCACAAUCCAGAAAAACUUGCACCCCACCUACUCCUGCAAGUACGACACCUGCUGCGUCAUCGACAAGAUCACCCGCAACCAGUGUCAGCUGUGCCGCUUCAAGAAAUGCAUCGCCGUGGGCAUGGCCAUGGACCUGGUCCUGGACGACUCGAAGAGGGUGGCCAAGCGCAAGCUGAUCGAGGAGAACAGGGAGCGACGCCGCAAGGAGGAGAUGAUCAAGUCCCUGCAGCAGCGGCCGGAGCCCACGGACGGCGAGUGGGAGCUGAUCCAGCUGGUGACCGAGGCGCAUCGCAGCACCAACGCCCAGGGCAGCCACUGGAAACAGAAGCGGAAGUUCCUGCCUGAGGACAUCGGACAGUCGCCCAUAGCGUCGAUGCCAGAUGGGGACAAGGUGGACCUCGAAGCCUUCAGCGAGUUCACCAAGAUCAUCACGCCCGCCAUCACCCGGGUGGUGGAUUUUGCCAAAAAACUCCCCAUGUUCUCUGAGCUGCCCUGCGAGGACCAGAUCAUCCUGCUGAAGGGUUGCUGCAUGGAGAUCAUGUCCCUGCGGGCGGCCGUGCGCUACGACCCGGACAGCGAGACGCUCACGCUGAGCGGGGAGAUGGCCGUCAAGCGGGAGCAGCUGAAGAACGGGGGUCUGGGCGUGGUGUCCGAUGCCAUCUUUGACCUGGGCAAGUCGCUAUCUGCCUUCAAUCUGGAUGACACCGAGGUGGCUCUGCUGCAGGCCGUGCUGCUCAUGUCUUCAGAUCGCUCGGGCCUCCUGUGUGUGGACAAGAUCGAGAAGUGCCAGGAGGCCUACCUGCUGGCCUUCGAACACUACAUCAACUACCGCAAACACAACAUUCCCCACUUCUGGCCCAAGCUGCUCAUGAAGGUGACGGAUCUGCGCAUGAUCGGGGCCUGCCACGCCAGCCGCUUCCUGCACAUGAAGGUGGAGUGCCCCACCGAACUCUUCCCCCCGCUUUUCCUCGAGGUUUUCGAGGACCAGGAAGUCUAAGGCCGGGUGGGGGUGGGCGGAGGA